AUGACGGCUCGACCGUAUCAGCGUGCCCACCACCGCGAGAGCGACGAGAGUGAUGACGACGACGAGGACAACAGCAGCGACUGCCGGCAGCAGCGCGUCAGUCGAUCACAGCGAGCAGCUCAGCGGAGCAUGCAACUGCACGCGUUCCUGUGGAUGGCGGCCGCGGGCCUCGUCGCUUACGGCACCGACUUUAUCCGCGUUAUCGCGACUGACGCGCGCGUGAAAUGGGGCUUUUUCGAAAUAGCGCUCGGCUGCACGGGGGUCAACGUUUGUAUCACAGCGUACCUAGCCGUCUACUUGCCCUGUAUCAAGCGCAUUCAGUUGGACUGGAGCGUCUACUGCCCAAAGGUGAUCUCCGUUGGAACAGUGGCAGGAAGUGUGGCUGCCUUGAGCUACGUCUGCGCCUUUUGGCCGGUGUACGGCUUGUUCACGCCGGGACUGCUGGGACUGCUCUCGAUUGGGACCCUCAUGAUCGCGCACUUUGUGCCACCCAUUUAG